GUUUUUAGUUGAUAGUUGCUUAUUGUCGGUAUCGCACGAAUUUUUUCCGUGCAGUUUCCACGUGGAUUUUUCGCGGGAGUGAGAUCGCGGAAGAUUAAGUAAUGCAUCGUGCGAUGACGGGGCUAAAUACUCGACGUGCGUUAAGAAGGCGUGAAAUUAAAGACACGCAUAUUUGUUGAACGCGCAGUGUGAUAUGAUAAGACCACGGUGCUCGUAACGAUUUUUGAUUAGUCCAUACCCGUCGAAAUAUGUUCGGCCACGGUAAAUCGCGCAAACAUAAAAAAGAGACUAACAGCAAGAAACAUCACGUUCGCAACUGGAUGCACUCGAAGAAAAAGAAAAAGAAUGAGGCUAACCUCUUUGCUGUGAUAAUGUCCUCUGACGACCAAUCGUCUCCAGCGCAGGCAUCGAUAUCCACAACGAGUUUCGAUGUGCUGGACAACGCAAGAUUGGAGAAGAUUAAUAUAACUCCCAUAAUAUCACAACCAACAAAAUCCGUAAUUUCACCGACCACGAACACCGAUGCCGAUGCGAUAGAGGAAGCAGUGUCAAUCGUGCAGACGACAUUACCCAUGCCGGAAUUGCAACCGAAAGUCGAGAAGAACGGUAUCGAGAUGAAGACAAAGAAAUCUUCUGACGAGCCAAACGAUGACUGUCUGAUCAAUUGCAUUUAUUAUACACAACAGUGUUGCGACUGUACGAUAGUUUGAGAUCGUUCAACGCUUCUAGCUAGAUAAUGCCGAAGAAACAGCGCCUUGCGAGUACUCUGAUCAAUUUUGGGGUUUCAAGAUGCCGCUCUUCGACGAAAAAUUUAGGAAUUGACAUUGCAAUAAGUAUGGCGCGCCACUAGAAUACUUUGUGAUACUCAUGAGAAGUAUAUAAUAGAAAAAAAUUCUAUGGGAUAUGGCGUGUAGAAAAUUUUGUGAAUAUGUACGAAUGAAUGUGUGAUAUUCAUAAUUAUAUACAUAUAAUUUUUGAUACUGCCGUUAUUUAAUCGAGCAGUGACAAUACGAUUAAAGACGAUUAAUAACAAACACAUGGGUAACUAAUUAAUUUAUAUUUUUGGAAUAUAUUUCUCUGUAUGCAGAGAAAGUUGUACUUGUAAUUUAUGCAAAUAUUCACUGCCAUAACGUGGUUAAAAACUGUAUCGAAAGACAAUCGCAAGUCAAUUAUUAGUCCGUAAGCAUUUCCUUGAAAUAUGUUAUAAGCAAGUUAUUUGCUAUACCAUUACAUGUCUUCCUAACUCUGACAUUAAUGUUAAUGUCAAUGAUGCGCACAGUAUUAAUUGUGACAGUCGUUUAGACAUUUAUAUUUGUUUGCAAUUUUGUAAAUUUACGAGCUAAGAAAACGGAUCUGUAAUGAUGUAGGAAAGGUAGAUCUAUUUGGAAACGAAAGUAACAUAAAUAAUAUCAAAUUUCCGACAUUGAUAUAAGGAUGCAUUUAUUACAAACGAAGAGUAACCUGAGAAGUUCUUGUUUUCUUUUAAUGUAUAGAGUAGCUAAAAAUAGUAGAUAAUAUUUCUAGA